UCCCCAAAUACAGCUCUCCCGAUCAUCAUUUAAUCCCCGCCUUCUCUGAGGCGGUUACUCGUCCCACCUUCUUCCUUAUAAAUUUUAUUUCCUCCCCUCCCCAGGCCCCAACCUUCCUCCUGGGCCGACCAAAUCUCGCUCUCUCUCCUUCUGUUGAAUCUCCAAACCUUCUUGGGAGGAUCGGGUUUUUCCCUUUCUUCUUCCUCUUCCUCCUCCUCCUCCUCCUCCUCGUCGUCGUCUCCCUUCAUGGAAUUUGGAGCACCCUCUGCUUCCAAACCCCGCGCUUCUUCGCCUCUGGAGCCCAAGAUCGAGCCAUUCGGGGAAAUCUUGGACUUAUCCCCCCAGCCUCCGCCACCGGUUGCGGAAAAGCUUUUAUCCUCCUCGUCGUCAUCGUCCGGGGUUGCUGCGCCUCGGCCCCUGGAGGCUCUCCAGAGCGCGCCGAUCCCGCCCUUCCUCUCCAAGACCUAUGAGCUUGUGGACGAUCCCUCCCUGGAUCCGCUCAUCUCGUGGGGUUCCACUGGGAGGAGCUUCGUGGUGUGGGAUCCCGUCGAGUUUGCGAGGGCCGUUCUGCCCCGGAACUUCAAGCACAACAACUUCUCCAGUUUUGUCCGCCAGCUCAAUACUUAUGUGGGUAUUGCGCAAAAACUUUGCCGGAGACGGCUCUUGUUGUUUAUUGAUCUCUGUCAAGCUCGUGGAAGAAUUGAACAACAUGAUUCUGCUGAAAAUAUCUUCCAUGCUGUGCUUGAAAGUGCGGGCAAUCUGUUUGAUGGAGAGAACAAUUAUGAAGCCCUUGUUGAAGAACUUGGCAAUAAUGUGGAGUUCAGCAAGGAGUACAUGGAGAUGUUGCGCCGUAACAUCCGUCAGAGGCUAGAAACAGAGUCCAGACCAGAGUCUUGACUUGCAUUCCACCUGCUCGGUGUAUCACUGCUUUGCAUGGACUUGGUGUAUGAAGCCUGGCAAGCAAGAACUCGCAGUUCCGUGUUGCCAGCUUCCUAUUGAUGGCUACAGUUUUUUUUUUUUUUUUUUUUGGCUAAGAAUGAUGGCUACAGAUUCCCAUUGAUGGCUACAGUUUUUCAUGCAACAUCCUUUAUGUUCUGUCAUGGGUUUCAUUUUUUUUCUGACAAUUGUAUGGAGAUCGUUGCUGGUGAUGUGCAUGAUAUAAAGUUUUGUACCAUUUCAAAACUGUAACAAAUAAUUAUUCUCGUUUGAGAUGGUUCCAUAAAAGUUUGAGGGUUAUUAAAUGUUUACUUA